GACAUUGACGUUAGUAACGACGAUUCGAAUUUGGUCUUUCAUUCGGUGCUGACGAAAAAACAAAACUUCUCUUGUGUCUCUUUUAUAUCCUUUCUUUUUUUUUUUAUUUCUUCUGUCUCAAAUGAGAUGAGAAAAUUCACAGGAUGGCCGAUCAUUUGUCUGACCAUUCUCCUUGCCGAGGACACCAUAGCCGAUUUGAACGUCUCCUCAAAGAUCGAUCUCGACUCGAGCGAAAUCCAGCUAACAUCGUCCGAUCGUCCUGUCAUCAUCUCAAACCAAAGAGAAAGGAUCGUCGAUGUUCAAAAGGAACCUUUGAUGAUACGCAUCAACGAACAACCGAACCCAUGGUUACAUCGUUCGACUCAGUCCUUCAUAAGAUCAAGUUUCCCAGAAGAUUUAAGAAAACGAAGGACACAUCUAUCAUCCGGAUCGGCGACAAACACUCCAAACACUCCAAACACUCCAAACACUGUUGUAAACAACGUACGAAUUUUUGUAAACGAAAACGAGACGGAAAAGGGAUCGAAUGUUGCAUCCUGCGAAAAUGGUGUUUGCGACGUAUCGGUUUCGUCGAAAAUCGACGACGAGGGAAACAUUGUGACGGACGUACACAUCACCAUAAUCACAAACACAAAGCCGAACAUCGAGGUCGCCGAAAUUCCGGUUAUCGAUGGAUUUCGGGGCAUAGAAGAGAACAUACCUCGCCCAUCGUCUCCCGUGUUUCAUCCUCUGGAUCAUGUGAAACCGACUUUCACUCAUUUUCUGCGUAACGAUAUACCGCAAGUUCAAGUACGUGGAUUUGUGGAACCAAACAACGGAGAAAUUCAUUUUCAAGAUCGAAGAAACUACGGAAAAAUAUUUCCGGCUACAUACCGAUGGUAUAACGGGAAUAAUCAUGAACAACGUGGAUACAACAAGGGUUUUCAAGAUUCUAGGUCGUGGCUUCCGCGAAGAGUUAUUGUCGACGAUAAGAUCGAAGCACCGCUUAGUAAAACGAAGCAAUCCGAGAAAUAAAAGAUUUCUAGAUGCUAGAAACAAUGUAACUAUCAUCAUACAGUGAUUCUUUUGUUGAGUAUGUAAAUCUGGAUUGAGUAUGAAAUGAGAGAAAAAAAAAAAAUAGGAAAGAGAACAAAUAUAUUGUGAAAAUGCA